GUUCUGAUAUCGGAUCUACUAAGCGUGUUUAAGCAAGCGUAGGAAAACAUAUUAAAUACGAUCAUAUUUCUGUAGUGACUAAAUAAGUAGAACGAACGUUUAAAUAUAACUCUUAGGUCAUUGAUUAAGUGUUUUUAAUUUUGUUAUCAUAAGGUGAACUGAUAAGUGUUUGUCACAUGUAAUAAGGUAGUUAUACAGACGGACAUUAGUUUCACAGGUUUCGAGGAUACCUUUUUUGUGCUUUAGAAAAUGUCGGACACAGAGAAGAUCAUGCAGGGAAUCGAUGAUGUGGACGCUAGGGCGUUUGUUUCUAAGUUAAUGUGUGGAAUAAUGCGAAUUGGGAGAGGUGCCCCUAGCUUUGAUGACGUCACGAUGGAAGAUAUAGAAAACGAAGAUUUCUAUCGCCGUGAGCCGAAAAUAACGAGGAAAGAAAUGCUCUCGGACGUGUACAAGAUGGAUUACGAGAAGCGUGGCAAAGCCAUUGUGAUAAACAACAAGAACUUUACGCCUGAUAUGGUCAGACGUGGUUAUGGUGUCCGUACCGGUACUGAUAUCGACUGCACACGUAUUUGCAAACGUCUAGAAAUAUUAGGGUUUGACGUUGACCGUCGCCACGACGCUACGUGUUUUGAAAUAAAAGAAGCGUUCGCUUUAGCAGCUCAGGAAGAUCAUAGUGAUGAAGAUUGUUUUGUUGGAGUGUUGCUCAGCCAUGGCGAAGAAGAUAAAAUCUGUGGUACAGACGGUACAGUCGAACUCCAGGACAUUUUUACGUACUUCAAGGGGAACAAUUGCAACACACUAGCUGGAAAGCCAAAACUCUUUUUCAUUCAAGCUUGCCGAGGCCAUAAAUUUGACUCUGGCCAAAAUUUAAACACUAUAGACGCGAAAAGGGGUUACGACGAUGCCUUUGAAAAGGCAGAAGACAUCCGAAUCCCAAACGAGGCUGACUUCCUGUUGUCAUAUUCGACAGUACCCGGCUUCUAUUCUUGGCGCAAUUCAACAAACGGUUCGUGGUAUAUUCAGGGGCUGGUUCAUGUUCUCGAUCAGUAUGGUACCACACUUGAAGUCCAAAAGCUACUUACAAAGCUGAACAAAAUUGUUGCAUACCAGGAUAAAUUCAUGUCAAAUACAAAUGACCCUUCAAUGCACGGAAAGAAACAAAUCCCGUCGUUUACAUCCAUGCUUACUAAGGACCUCUACUUUCUACCAAAGCAACAAUAGAAAAUCAACAUGAGUAUGUGCUUGGUGGUUUACCAAUCAUUGAUCAGUAUGUUUAUUUUGGAAACUAUGAAACCAAUAUAUCGAUAAGAAUCGCUGUUUGACAAUGUUUAAGUGCCAAUGCUUAAGUAAAAAGUGGAACCUAGACUGUACAUACCAUAAUGGUUCAAUACACAGAUGUUUGCCAUUAUGAAAUAACACAUGCCAUGCACCAAGUAUUAAGUUUCUUAUUUAAAGUGUCUUAAAUUGCCUAAAGAUUUUAGUAGGCAUGAACAUUGUUUGUGUUUUUGUAUGAAAGUAUUUUUGUAUUGCUAGAGUUUAUUCUUCAAAUAAUACAUUAACUUAUAAGUAUACAAGUAUCAUUCCACGUGAUAGGUUCAAACACUUAUUAUCUAACAAUUUUAUAUUCAUUCUUUAAAUUUAAUAUUUAAAUGUAUUCCUAUAUAUAUUUACAAUUCAUCCUGACGUGUGAUUAGUAACAAGUGCAUUAAUUAAAAAUAAUUCAUUCAUCUUAGCAGUAAAUAUAUAUGUAACUCAUUGUUCCCAAUUUCGAUGAUUAGUAUUUGUUUAUAAAGUACUUUAUAUCAUUCCAUUGCUAUUUGACAUCCACCCAAAAACAUACGGACUUUUUUUAUUUUAUUUAUAACUGCUUUGUUAUUGAUAAAAAUAAUACUAAUGGCAAAUAGUUUAAAUUAAUAUGUCCAUUAUUAUCUAUUUUAUUUUUAAUACUCGUAUGUAUGAAGAAUAAAAAUAAGCUGAUUAAACAA